AUGGUUGGAAAAACUUACAUGGUCACCAAGGCAAUUCUCCCUGCCUUCACAAUGAGACUAUCUUUCACUCUGUUCCAUCAGCUAUCAGAAGUUGAAUUUGUUGAUAUACUCUCAACUGUCCUUCUGAAAGACGGUAAGGCAGAUGUUGCUGGUUUCCGAUCCCCAUACGAGGACAUGAAUUUGAUGAUUUGUGAAGCCCCUGUAAAAUUUGUGGCCCCUGUAAAAUUUGUGGCCACAAAAUGUUCCAUUGCAGAUGUAACCAGUGCUUCUUUUCUAGCAUGGAGAGUUGGGACUGUGAUGAGCUUCUCAAACACUACAGUCUCACUGCAUGGUUUUCAAUUUUCAGAUUACAAGCUAGAUGUAUACAUUAAUGGGAAGGCUUGUAGCGGCAUGACGAUUCAAUGA